CUAACCUUCCGUUUCUCAAACGAACUUUUCUCCCAAUUCUAAUUUCGACCAAAUUUAUUCUCAAAAAAGAAAUUUCAACCAAAUUUCUCUUCUCUUAAAUCUCAUCACUCCCUUCCUUCCAAAUUCCAUUUCAUUUCGUUUCGUUCACCAAGAAUCGAUCUCUUCCAUCUCCAAAUUCAUGGCUGAUUCAUCCUCGAAAUCCCUAUUCAAUCCGAUUCACAUUGCAUUCGUGAUUGCUUUUGCUCUUUUAAUCUUAUCUCCAAUCGGUUCUUAUGCCUUUACUGCACAAAAUGUGAUUGACUCGCCAUUGUUGACGAAGAAGAUCGGUACAAAUCGAACGAUCAAGGUCGAUAUCAAUGGAAAUGGCGAAUUCACAUCCAUUCAAGCUGCAGUCGAUUCUGUUCCAGAGGGGAAUUCGCAAUGGAUGAUCAUCCAUGUUAGGAAAGGAAUUUACAGAGAGAAGGUUCAUAUUCCGUCGAGUAAGCCGUACAUCUUCUUGAGAGGGAACGGAAAAGGAAGGACAUCGAUCGUUUGGUCACAGAGCUCUAGUGAUAACAUUGAAUCUGCUACGUUUAAAGUUGAAGCUCAAAAUUUCAUUGCUUUUGGAAUUAGCUUCAAGAAUGAGGCUCCGACUGGUGUGGCUUAUACAUCGCAAAAUCAGUCGGUAGCGGCAUUCGUUGCCGCAGAUAAAAUUUCAUUUUACCACUGUGGAUUCUAUAGCACUCACAACACAUUGUUCGAUUAUAAAGGCAGACAUUAUUAUCACAAUUGCUACAUUCAAGGCUCAAUUGAUUUCAUCUUUGGCCGCAGCAGAUCCGUCUUCCAUAAUUGUGAGAUGUUUGUGGUUGAUGACAAGAGAUCGACGAUCCGUGGUUCAAUCACAGCUCAAAAUAGAAAGAGUUCAAAUGAGAACAGUGGGUUUGUUUUCAUCAGAGGAAAGGUUUACGGAAUUGGCGGUGUGUAUUUGGGCAGAGCAAAAGGUGCAUUUUCCAGAGUCAUUUUUGCUAAAACUUAUUUCUCCAAGACUGUUCUUCCUGCUGGUUGGACCAAUUGGAGCUACGACGGCAGCACAGAAAAUCUGUUCCAUGCCGAAUAUGCUUGCCAUGGACCAGGAUCAGCAUCAGGACACCGUGCGCCAUGGGCUAAACAGUUAACUAAAGAGGAAGCUCAGCCGUUCAUGGAAGUUGGUUUUAUUGAUGGCACUGAUUGGCUUCCUGCGUGGCUAUAAGAAAACAAAGAAAAAAAGCUAAGCUAAUACACUCCUUCAUGCUAGUCCUUCCCUUUUUUUUUUAUUACUCUACGGUCUUUUUGGUUUAAUUGUUUUUUGUUUUUGUUUGUGAUAAUAUCUUAAUGUGCAAACUACUUUGUAAAGAUACUCUUGAAAGUAUAUUCCAAUGAGACGAAAUACCGAAUUCCCCUUUUCAAACUUUUUUCUCUCUCUCUUAUUAUGUAUUGAAGUACAAAUAGUAGUCAUAAUCAUAAGGUCAUAAAGUUGGUAGUCUUUGCAUGAGUAUUUUCUGCUGGCCGCAUGCAUUAGUUUGCAAAUAAUGAGGAGUAUGAUUAUCUACUCCUUUUGUUCAUAUCAUGUUUGAUACGAUGUAAUCUGAUUUUAGACUCUGCCACCGAUUCCUCCACCAGAACCACC